AUGGCGUGUGCAGUGAACUUCCAUCAUUCGACAGAACUGCGACGCGAAGCUCUCUCACUCCUGAUCGACUUUCACACAUCGUCGCUACCCCACGUCCCGACUUUGUCUGCAUUGGGUUCACAACUCAGUAUGACAGAUAAGCUCCCCCCGCCGCUUUUGGCGCUAUUCCAGCCUCGUCCACCCCUUCGAUAUCUGCCUCCAGGCGAUCGCGCACCAGAUGACUGUCAAAAGAGCACUAUCUCUGGAGUUGCCCAGUUCCUUGCCGAUGCUAAAACUUUUGCCGACGAAGUUCCCUACAAUGCAACGGAAAGCUGGGUGCAGCGCAAAUUGCGUCAGAAGACAGAGAAGAAAGAGCGGCUAGAGAAGCAGAUAGCAGAUGGACUGCAACACUUCAAUCCAGAGAAAGAUCCUCAAGCUCGAGGUGACCCAUUCAAGACUCUCUUUGUUGCACGCCUCAGUUAUGAAGUCAAAGAAGCCGACCUAGAACGAGAAUUUGGCCGAUUUGGCCCCAUUGAAAGAAUUACCCUGGUCAAAGAUACAGUAUCAGAGAAGAAAAAGAAAGCCCACCAAGGCUAUGCAUUCAUCGUGUAUGAGCGCGAGAAGGAUAUGAAAGCGGCCUACAAAGAAACAGAUGGCAUCCGAAUCAAAGACCGACGAGUCCUGGUAGAUGUCGAGCGCGGCCGCACCACCAAGGGGUGGAAGCCUCGUCGCUUUGGUGGUGGCCUCGGAGGGCGCGGAUACACCAAGGCUAUGCCUUCCCGCCCCGGUGGCCCUGGUUUCAACGCACCAUCUGGUCCAGGUGGGUAUGGAGGCGGAUUCCGCGGAGGCUUCGGUGGCAGAGGUGGGGGUGGUGGCUUCCGUGGUGGAAGUUUCCGCGGUGGCGGUGAUCGCGGCGGUGGUGAUCGCUUUGGUGGCCCUCGCGGUGGUAUCGGAUACCAGGGUAACCGUGGCGGCUUUGGUGGACAGGCUCCCCCAACGCCCCCUCUGGCCCUGGCGGUGGACGCAGCGGAGGCUUCAGAGGUGGCUUCGGCGGUGAUCGUGGUGGUGACCGCGGUGGUGGCGCCGGCAGAUUCGACCGUGGUGUAA